AGAAAUUUCCGCAACACUUGAAAAAGCCACUUUACUGUCUGUGUGUGGGUCUACACACACUCGGGGGUGCUCUUUCUCUCUCUCUGAUCGUCAACGUCUCUUGAGUAAACCAAAACCCCCAAGCCUGAAUUAGGGUUUCGAUCACAACAGAAAUCCACUAAGAACAUGAGGGCAAGCAAGGAUCCCCUGAUGAGAGAAAGCAAGCGGUACAAACUCUCACAAAAGGAUGCAGGCUUUUUAUUAAGAGCGGUACAAGAGAGGGCAUCUGCCAAUAAAAAACCAGAAAUUAAGUGGGGUAACCAGGCGGCGCAUCUUCCUUAUGACUUGAUUUUCAAGAUUCUUCUUCUACUUCCUGCGGAAUCUCUUCACAGAUCAAGUUUUGUAUGCAAGGCAUGGUUUAAUUUGAUUAACAGCCCUGAUUUCAUUGAAGCUCACAUGGGUCAAUCUGAAACUGUUCUUAUCUUUCUACAAUCAGUCCCUGAAAGAAGGCCCAAGACAUUCUCUAUUGAAGCCAAGCUUGCUCCGUCAAAACAUGACUCGAUUUUUUUAACUAAUGAAGCACCUAAACCUUACAUCAAUUUCUUGGAGGUAGAAGACGGAAUGGGUAAGGUGAGUGAGUCAAACAUAAGUGGUUGUAAGGAUAUCCUGGCAACCUGUAAUGGUUUAAUUUUGGCCAAAUGUGAACUGAACAGAGGGUUACUAGUCAUGAACCCUGCUACUAGGAAGCUUGUCGGACUCCCUCUAGGUACUAUUGUUCCCCGUGAUGAGUCAUAUGGGUUCGUGUUCAGCCACUUGACGAGAGAAUAUAAAGUGGUACACUUAUUUCGAGAUGAAAGUGGAUAUAUUGGUUGUGAGAUACUGAGCCUUAAUAGGAAAUCAUGGUGGGCUGUGGAUGGCCCUUCAUUGGGACUACUUAGAAGGUUCAUAUACAAACCUGUUUCGGCCAUUGGAGCCUUGCAUUGGCUCCCAGCCAAACAUGACUGCAAUUACCUAGUGUCUAUGGGCAUUGACGACGAAAAGUUUCAGACAAAAACUCUUCCUGUUAGCAGCAGCAUAAGUGAUAGACUGGUUGAGGUUGGGGGAUUUCUAAGCUUUGUGACCCAUGUUACACGGAAUAGAAUAGAGGCGUGGAUAUUGAAGGGAUUAGAGGGGGAAGAUUGGGUAAAGCAGCAUAUUAUAACCACCGAUGAUAGAAUAGUGGAUUUGAUUCCACUUUCGACUUUGAGGCAUGGUCGAGAAAUGGUGUUCAAGGGAUACAGAGACUCUUUCUAUGCUUAUGAUUUUGAAGCUCAAGCAAUGAGAAAGGUUGAGAUGGAAAAACGACCUGUCCAGCAUAAUGGCUCUUACUUGCCUCAUGUGAAUUGCCUUGCUUCAUGGGAGAGUCUUGGGGGAGCCUUGUGGUAGGUACCCACCCCGUGUCGUUCCUUUUUUAUUGCUGUCAAUGUAAUAAAGCUCAUGAACUUGGUAAUUAAGCCCAAAAGUGGCUUGUCUAGGCAUGAUGUCUUAGACAUAUUUAUGUUUAUUGCUUCGUAGUGUGUGAUUUUCUUGUGAAAAAAUGGCCGACCAUUGUAUUAUAUUUGGAAUGUCGGUUUAGGUGAAUGAUUGCUUGUUAUGGUAUGGUAUGCAUUUGGGGUUUCUGUCUCUCUUUCAGUU